AUGAACGAAGGGCGUUGUCCCGCUGCCCGUGGGAAAUUCCAGCUCAUCUGUGCAGAUGUCCCUCUCCGACUCCUCGGCGAAAAAGUCGCCGCCGGUCUCGCCACCGCCGUGGCAGACGCAGCGGACAGCUGCGCAACAUCACUCAUUGGCCUGGUCGAGGGCCGGGAAUCAAAGCCAAACUCCUUUCCUCGGAUUCUACGGCGCAGAGUGAACUUUCCGAACCUCAAGCUCCUCUCCGUAUCAAACCUGGAGAUCAGUGACAUUGCACUUUCGGAUCACAUGACUGUGACUUGUGAUAUCAACAUGCCAGGCCCAGAAGUCAAAGCCCCCACUCGCAGAUGCUGUCGGAGUUUUAACCCUCUCACGGCUGGCAAGUUUUCGGCUGCGUUUCAGGAUCUGACUGCUGACCAAGUGCCCUCUGACACUGAGGCGCUAAGCUCAUGGUUUUACUUCUCCUGCGAAACCAUAUUGGACUCUGUAGCACCAUAUAAAACAAGGCAGCCCAGAACUAAAGCUGAGCCCUGGUUUAAUGACACGACCAGAGCCGCCAAACAAGACUGCCGCAGGGCGGAGCGUAAGUGGAAGAAGGACAAAUUGCAGGUGUCACAUCAAAUUUUAAAGGACUGCUGGCGCCAAUACCAAAAUACUGUAAAGGAUGCAAAAAGACAUUACCUCUCAAACAUAAUAUCAGCAAAUUGUCAUAAUCCACGCAUGCUAUUCAGAACCAUUGACUCUGUUCUUAAUGCUCCAUCAACUGUCUGUCUAGAAUCCUCUAAGGACAUUUGCAAUGACUUUCUUUUAUUCUUUACUGAUAAAAUCACCUCCACUAGAGCCUUGAUCACACACUCUUCUGCUUCUGACCCCUGUCCUUCCUUCAAUCUUGGGCCAGACGCUUGGCCGCUACUGGAGUGCUCUGCUGUUUUCCAUCAGUUUGAUCCCGUGACUCUCCCUUUACUGGAGAAAGUAGCAAACAGUAUUAAACCCUCUGGCACGGUCCUGGAUAUUAUUAAUUCUAGUCUCUCUACCGGUGUGGUCCCUAUAGCAUUUAAACAUGCAAUAGUGCAGCCCCUUGUCAAGAAGCCUGGACUUGACCAAAAGGUGUUGGCAAACUUCCGCCCUAUAUCCAAGUUACCAUUUUUAUCCAAAAUCUUGGAGAAAAUAGUGUUUAAUCAAUUAAAGGCCUUUUUAGAUGAACAUAAUUCAUGGGAGGUUUUUCAAUCUGGUUUCAGAGUUCUUCAUAGCACUGAGUCAGCUUUAUUGAAAGUUUUUAAUGACAUUUUACUCGCAUCUGACUGUGGUGACAAUGUGGUUUUAGUCUUGCUUGAUCUUUCCGCUGCUUUUGAUACGGUGGACCAUGACAUUUUACUAGCUAGGCUUCAGCACCUUGCCUUUGAGUGA